AUGGGUAGAGGAAGGGUUGAGCUCAAAAGGAUAGAGAACAAGAUAAAUCGACAGGUGACAUUUGGAAAAAGAAGAAAUGGAUUACUGAAGAAGGCUUAUGAGCUCUCUGUGCUCUGUGAUGCUGAAGUUGCUCUUAUCAUCUUCUCUAAUGGUGGCAAGCUGUAUGAGUUCUGCAGCGGCCCUAGCAUGUCCAAGACUCUUGAAAGGUACCAAAGAUGCAGUUAUGGUGCAAUGGAAGCUAACCAUCAAGAUCAAGAUGCACAGAGCAGCUACCAGGAAUAUUUAAAGCUUAAAGCCAAAGUUGAUAUCCAGCAACAAUCUCAGAGGCAUUAUCUUGGAGAAGAAUUAGAGCGGUUGGGAUCAAAGGAACUUGACCAGCUUGAGCGUCAACUGGAUUCGUCACUCAGGCAAGUCCGGUCGACCAAGAAUCAGCAUAUGCUUGACCAACUUUCAGAUUUACAACAGAAGGAACAAUCACUGUUGGAAGUUAACAAGUCCCUAAGGAGUAAGGUAUGA